AUGUACCCGCCACAGCCGCCGCUCGCACGCCUGCGCACGCAGGGCUUUGCCGGCUACGGCAUCGCCUUUUCGCCCUUCUUCCCUGCGCGUCUCGCCGUCGCCUCGUCCGCCAACUACGGUCUGGUCGGCAACGGUCGCUUGCACAUCCUCUCCCUUACCCCUUCCACCCAGCUCGUCAUCGAAAAGACUUUUGACACGCAGGAUGGCUUAUACGACCUCGCCUUCUCCGAGGCGCACGAGAAUCAGCUCAUCACCGCCUCGGGCGACGGGUCGAUCAAGCUCUGGGACACCGCCCUGGAUUCGCAUCCGAUUCGAAACUGGGCUGAGCAUUCGAGGGAGGUGUUCUGUGUCGACUGGAACAAUAUCAAGAAGGACGUCUUUGCGAGUUCGUCCUGGGAUGCAUCCGUGCGGAUCUGGCAUCCGGAGAGAGGGGCGAGUUUGACCGCGAUCACGGCGCACACGGGGUGCGUGUAUGCAUGUGCCUUCUCGCCGCACGAUCCGGAUGUGUUGGCGACUGCUUGCGGGGAUGGACAUUUGCGGUUGUUCGACCUGCGACAGCCGGGUGGGAGUGCGACGAUAGCCGUGCCCGUGGGUGGGGAAGUCUUGUGUUUGGACUGGAACAAGUAUCGGCCCAUGACGGUGGCGACGGGAAGCACAGAUCGGGUCAUCAAGACAUGGGAUUUGAGAAGCGCAACGCAGGCUGGAGCGGGAGUGACGCCGAUGCAGAUGGGUACUCCGACAGCCGCACUGAUGGGCCACGAGUAUGCGAUUCGCAAAGUGGCCUACUCGCCCCACUCGCCGAGUCUGCUGGCGAGCGCGAGCUAUGACAUGACGGCGAGGAUCUGGGAUGCCGAUGCGGCCGCGAUGGCCGGCCCGCCAGGUGCGCAACAAGGGGGAGGAGCAGGGUCGAUGCGGAGGAUUCACGAUACACAUACCGAGUUCGUCGUGGGUGUCGCGUGGAGCUUGUUUCAAGAGGGACUGGUGGCGAGCACUGCGUGGGACUCGGAGACACAUCUGUGGUCGGCGUAG